AAAUUGUUAUUUGUGUGUGCGCACGUAUUUAUAUACAUAUAUCAUUUGAAACAAAUGUUGAGAAAAAUAAAAAACACUCAAAAUGUAUUGAUGUUGGAAGUUAAUCUCAAUAAAAUAUUUAAUAGAAACAAGAAAUGGAUAGACAAAAAGGUUAUUUAGCUUGCAGUUUAUAUAUUACUUUUCUUACUUAUAUGCAAUAUAAAUUAAUGUGAAGAAAUAGAUCUAAUUAAAAAAUAUCAAUAAAAUGUUACAUGAAGUAUUACUGUCAUUAUGGGGAUGUUCAACUAAUGCUUUGCAAAUAUUGGAAUCAGAUACUGUAGAUAUUGAAAAAUAUUUGCAUCCUGGUGAACGUGUAUUACUCAAAGAAAUAUUAGAUAUAGUUGAACAAUGUAAUAUUAUUAGAAAUUUCAUUCAAGAAUAUACUACUUCUGACAAUUUAAAAUCUAUUCAAGAUUUACAAGAUGUCCCUCAAGGUUUAUACUUACAAGCCUUUUGUGAAGGAAUGGAUCAAGCUUUGGAACCAUUUCGUAAGGAGAUUGUUGAUUUAGAAGAUGUAGUCCUUCGUGAUAGUUAUACUCCAUUGUCAUUAAUACUUUGUCGUAUCCAAAAAUACAUUUGUAUGUUUUCUGUUUUAAAUUCUAUCAUAAAAGAGAUUCGUACACAAAAAAUUCAUGGUUGUAAAUUGUUACAAUGUUUGCAUCAAAAUAUGUAUACUGGUAUUCCUGAUGUAAAAUCUGCAAUAGAAAAAAUGUCCCACUGUGUACACAUAGUUUUUUAUAAACACUUGACUAGCUGGCUUUUAUAUGGUCAUUUAGAAGAUAUGUACAAUGAAUUUUUUAUUCAAAAAAUAUCUGAGAGACAAAACAGCUUAAUAUUAGCAGAUAAUAAAGAUAAUUUUGAUAAAGCAAAUACAAAAUUUACUGCAAACAUGUGGAAUUAUGAUGUUCAAAUAGAUAUGCUUCCUUCUUACAUUAGACCAUCUUUAGCAAUUAAAAUCUUGACUAUAGGACAAACCAUUAUAAUGUUUGGAAAUGACCCAAGACAAAAAAAAGAUUUUGCUAUAAUUGAUCAAACAGAAACUUCUAUAUGGGGAGAAAAAGAAUAUGAAUAUUUUCUUAAAUUUCAGAAUCUUCAAAAAAAGCAUAUUUUCGAUAUUGUCGAAUUUGAACGUACAAUUGAUGAAUUAAAACAGUGUAUAACAGAACUUUUAUGGCGAGUUGCUGUUGAAGAAGCACAACUUGUGCAGCAACUUAAACUAGUAAAAGAUUUCUUUCUUAUGGGACGUGGUGAUUUGUUUCUUGAGUUUAUUAGACUUACAGCUCAUAUAUUAAAUAAACCUCCAACACAGCAUACCUCUAGAGAUAUUAAUUUAGCUUUUCAAAUGGCUUUAAGAAAAAUGCAUUUAAAUGAUGAAAACGCUAUGGACAGCUUUAAUUUUAUAGUUCCAAUUCCAGCACAAGAAAAUGAAGAUAUCGAGGUAGAAGGUACAGAAUUUACUGAGAAAGAACGUGAAGAUCCUAUUAAAAGACGUGGAUGGGGUAUGAUUAUUUUGAAAUACAAAGUUAUAUGGCCAUUACAUCUAUUAUUUAGUCCAUCUGCUUUAAAUGAUUACAAUACAUUAUUUAAAUUUUUGCUAAGGGUUAAAAAAACACAAAUUGAUUUGUGGAAUCUUUGGAGUGAACAUAUGUAUUACAAAAACAUUGAUAUUGGUGUAAUUCAGCUGAGAAAUAAUUUAAUUUUCAUCAUUGAUAAUUUACAAUACUACUUACAAGUUGAUGUAUUAGAAAGUCAAUAUACUAUAAUGGAAACAAAUAUAAAAAGUACCCGAAAUUUUGAAGAUGUACAAAAGGCUCACUGUAUUUUCUUGGCUAAUGUUAUGUCACAAACAUUUUUAUUAGGGAAUGCAACGGAAAGAAAAAAUCCUGUUAAUAAACUAAUAAAACUUUUACUACGACUUUGUGAUGAUUUUAUCUUACAAGCAUCAAUGUGGGAAGUAGGUAAUUUACUUUUAACAGAACAAGAAGAACUUAAAACAUUAUCUGAUACUCUUGAAAGUUUAAUGGGUUGGCUAACUAAAACACUGAAUAGAGUACGUGCACAACCAAGUGGAGAACAUUUAGCUCAGCUAUUAUUGAGACUGGAUUUCAAUAGAUGGUUUAGUAAAAAAAUAUAAAGAAGACCUAUUUGAAUCUCGGUAAAUAAUGGAAAUAA